AGAAAAUGGUGGUUCGCUUAGGAUUUAGACGUGCAAGUCUAUGGAUUGUGCAAAGCAAAACACUGGGUUGAUAUGCCAAAGAGAGGAAAGGGGGAAAUACCCCUUCCCGAAGGCUGGGAGGAAUGUUUAGAUUAUGAUGGGAAAAGGUUCUUCAUAGACCACAAUACCCGUCAAACAACUUGGGUCGACCCGCGGGACAGAUACACCAAGCCCCAGUCCUUUGCUGAUUGUGUGGGAGAUGAACUUCCCUAUGGAUGGGAGGAGUGUAUGGACCAACAGAUUGGAGUCUACUUCAUCAACCACAACCAACAAUCAAAUCAGCUAGAAGACCCCAGACAACAAUGGCGGGAGCAACAGGAGAUGAUGCUGAAGGAAUACCUGGUCACAGCGCAGGAUGACCUCCAGGCCAAGAGAGAAAUAUUUUCAGUCAAAGAACAGAGACUGCAGCUGGCAAAGGAUGAAUAUGAACAUUUGAAUGACACUCUGAGUGGAUGGAAGUCAUCAAGGACAAGUUUGAACUCCAACUCCAGCGUUGGUAGCACAAAGUAUGACCCUGACUUGCUGAAGUCCGAUGUCAAUUUGGCCAGGAACAGAGUAGCGAGGCUGAAGCGCGAGUUAGAACAGAUCCAGGCUGAGAUGGUAUACAAGGAACAAGGAGUGGAAACUCUCACGCAAGUUGACAAGAAACUGUCGGGUGGGGGAGGGUUCUAUAAUGUGGACCAGGCCCAUGCUAUUAUUUCCGAGAUCCGACAGCUGCAGAACUCUCUGUCCAAUGGAGAACACGAGAGACAGACUCUUUUGCAGUCCUUGUCCCGAUUAAAAGAUGAGUUCCUGAUGAACAAACAUGGUGGGUCUUCCCCAGAUGUGUCCACCCUGUCCAUUCCACUCAAGUCCAGCACUGCCUCUCAGACUGACCUCAGGGGUGAGCUUGGACCUGGCAGCAACAGGUAUAUCACAGAGAUCACUAGACUAAGACUCCAGUAUGAUGAAGCCAAGAGGAAGCUCUCCAACCUAAAGUACAAGCUGGCCAAUAUCGAGGACCAGAUGAUACCUGGUCAGAACGAGUCUGACAAAGACAGGUUAAUGUUGUUGCAAGAAAAGGAGCAGCUUCUUCGCGAGCUGAAAGGAAUUAAUCCCAAAGGUCGCAGUGCAGGAGAAAUGAAGGACAUUCAACAGAGAAUAAGUCAGCUAGAGUAUGACUUGAAUGUUGCAGUGGAAAUAUCUAACAAACAAAUUGCAGAUAGACUCCAACUCCAUGAUGAGAAGUCCUCCAUUAUGCAAGAGCUAGCCGAGACCACCAGGCUUACUUCAUUACUAGAGUCGCAGUUACGCAGCUUGUCACUCAGUACUCUCUCCGUUUCAUCAGGAUCAAGCCUCGGUUCAUUAGGUUCAUUAUCUUCAUGCAGUCGUGGUUCACUGAACUCCCUCAACAUGCUGGAUAUCUAUGGCCAGCAGCAUUCUCCUGACACAAAUUUACAUGACCUGCACCGCAGAGUCGAAAAACUGUUACAAGGACACAGCAUAUCCCCCAUUCAUGAAAUGCAGGUGUCAUCUGAUGUGACAGCAGCAGCCACCAAUACCUAUCUCCAAAGUGUCAUGGCCAGUAAUACUGAUAUCUCAUCCUCCUCUUCUCAUGCUUCCUCACCCCCUGUGUCCCCGUACGAAGUAGGACCACCUCCCUCCUACCAUCAACAUAUGACAAAUGUUGGCGGCUUGCCAAGGAAAGUGACCACUUACAACAUCCCCCAACAACCACCAUUAUCAUACAGUGCCGGUGCCAAUAUCAUAGCAGAUCAAUCAAAUUUAGACCCCAUGAAUGGACUGCCUUCUGCAGGGUCUCGAUUAGAGGCCCACAAAGGAUCUUUGGUGCAUCCUAAUCCCUCGCCAGGACAAUCAUUGAACGAUAGUGUUAUUAGUGCCAAAAGGUCACAGCUCGCAGACAUCAUGGAUGUGUCGAACCCUCCACUCAGUCCAAUCAGUGAAAGUAGCUCCGGUGUAUGCAAUAACUUGUCAGGUGGUAAUACCAGAAGUGUGUCAGCGGCUGUCAGUGACGAGUCAGUGGCUGGUGACAGCGGGGUGUUCGAGGCUUCCAUGAACGUCACCAACAAAAGGGAUGCCAUUGAUGACAUGUUUGAAAUGAACCUGGAAAGCGCCCAGAUUCAAAUCAAGCUCAAAUACAAGAGUGUUGACAGUCAGCUGAUUAUUGGUAUAGAGCAGGCCAGGAAUCUCUCAGCACUAGCCUUCCCUCAGAACAGCAAUGUGUGCAUUAAGGCAGCAUUACUCCCCAAUAUAAAGAAUGCAUCAUGGACAACAAAGGCUACCACAGAAUUAAAACACCCCAAAUUCUGUGAGGAAUUCAGGGUGUCAAUUGCUGAACAACUACUCAUUAACAAGACACUGCAAGUCCAAAUUUGGAGUUUACCUUAUCAAGAAUGCCUUGGCUGUGCUCAGGUUAGCCUAGCAGACUUUGAUCCUAAGUCUGUGUCCCAGAAGUGGUACAAUGUAUUAAGCUUUAAAUUCAUGCAGUCUGACACUAACGACUCCACUCAAAAACAAUUUGAUACCACCAAAGAUAAAACCCCAGUUGCCUCACCUGAAACUCAGAAGGAGGAUGUGACCAAAUUAUUAGAGGAGUCCUCAGCCAAGUUACAGAAAUCAGAAGAUAGGCAGACUCCCACAGAGGGACUUAGAGAAAGCAGUCACAUCCGGCACCCCUUGGUGAUGUCCUUGAAGGAAGAGAGCAGUGAUGAAUCCACUGUCAUUUCCUCCCAGACUUCCACCCUCACUCGCAAUCAUGGUCCUGAUGAUAUGGAGAGGUUGUAUCACAGUGUGCCACUGGUAGGAGGCGGGGAAGGAGAUGUGGGAGAGGAGGAAGAUGUAGAGAAUGAAGCUGUAAGUCAUAGUCAAACUGAACAGGACUAUGAUGAAAAGAUCAAUGAGGUGAUGGAGGAACUCCACAAUGCUGUGUACAUUGAGGGCGACAGCGGAAGUUCCACGGACCAAGAGGAUGCUAUGACUGCCGUUACCUGUGACAAAGAGACCAACACUGUGUCCAUGUACUCAGACCGCCCCACCAUCAAAAGGAGGCCCCAGGAGGGACCCAGGAGCAGUACCAUUAGGCGGUCCCAAACCUUUUCUCCCGCCUGUAGGCCCGGCAGCCAAUAUGUGUGUAGGUUGAACAGAAGUGACAGUGAUAGUGCAAUGUCAAACUUUAAGAAAGGUCCAUUUCAGAGGAAUUCACUGGAUCGAAGAAGCAUGAGAUGGAAAAGAUCAACAGUUCAUGGUAUUCGAGGGGAAAAACUUCCAUUAAGAACAUCAAUUGAUUUGGAGCUUGACCUACAGGCCUCCAAAACAAAAUUUACCCAGCUCCAUGAUGAGAUUAAAAGAUUGAGAGAGCUUCACUUACUUCUGGAGAAUGCAAAAGCUAAAGGGGAAGUGGAGAUACCUUCAUGGCUCGCUGACAAUGAACAGUUCCAGAAUCUUCUGACUGAAGCAGAUCGCAUGAAGCUGCGAGAUCUUCAGGCUGUUAGAUCAGCCCACAAAGACAGUAAGCAGCUAUCAAAACAGGACCGACGGGCCGAGCAGAUGAUGAAAAAGGUGACUAGAGAUGUGCAGAGACUGAAGAGAAACAGCCCACACUCCAAUACUCAGUCCUUUAGAGAAAAAAUGGCUUUCUUCACAAAUGUCUCCAUGACUGUUCCUGUCAUCCCAAAAGAAAUGUCUGGAAAUCAGAGUGAAGAAACGCGCCUUGAAGAAUUUCUGAAGGACGAUAGAGUUGGGCAAGAAGUAUGAAAUGAUUACACAAAAUAAUAUUCAGACACAAUAAACAUAGAGAAGAUUGCUUUGAUUGUAAAAGCGCUGAACAAGCUGUGAUCAAAUCAUUCCACAUGUUCCUAGAAGAGACAAAGAUUCCAGUUGAGCAGAUAAAUGCUCUUUGUUUUUUUGGUGCAUAGUCACAGGAUCUGUUGUCAUGGGCAUUAGGGAUUGACAGCUGUCAGCAAUGGAAGUGAUGCAUGAUUGACAUGUAAGGGGAGGGGUCAACAUGAGAUGUUGACUGACAGAUGUCAUUCACUGUAGGGUAAAGACUUAUCAAGUCACUCCACACUGGGGUCUGUAAACUCAUCCUUUCUAUUCAAAACUGUGCGAUCAUAAUUUAUUGUGCAAUUACUAUCUAUGCAAGAUGCCAUUGGUUAAAAACCCUAUCUUCAUCUGUGAAUGAACUCGCUAUCACUGACCCCUCUCUUGUGAAGUGAAUAUUGAACUGUUAUUAUAUGAACAAAUUGUUGCAAUAUUGGUAUUUUUACCAUAACAGAUAUUAUAAUCAAAGGUGUGUGAUAUUUAUAUGUAGAGAAAUGAGGGUACACUUCAUAUUUUUAUAUCUGUUACUUAAAUGGUUUGAAUCAAAAUGAUAUAACUUUCUUACUGAUAUCAUAUACACUUUUUGAUAAAAAAAAAAAUGUUUUAAAUUUGUGGAUUCUGUGAGACCAAAGAAUGAUGCAUUUUAUAAUCUUACUACUAAAUGUAUUGAUUUUAGCUUAUACACUUCUUCCAAGAUCUUUUUUUAGAUUUUUAAGCAUGUAAAUAAUAAAAAUUAGCAAAAUUAUCUUUUUUAGGAGAACGAUGAAAUGAACAUAUGAUAGCAAUACCUUUAGAUAUAUUUUUACCCAAUUCGUAGUUCUCAAUGUACAAUGUUUGUGUAGAUUAUCUAUACACAUGAAGGUAAAUUGUGAUUGUGAUUUGUUUUAGAUGUUUAAUAUAUAACCAUAUAUCUAUAUACAUGUAUUAUCUAUAUAUUUACACUAUAACCUAGUAUGUUGAAAUGAUCAUAUUUAUUUCAUUUUAGCUCUUGUUAUAUGUGGUUUUGUUUUAUACAUUCAUAUCAUUAUACAUUUGUUAUAUUAACUGAAAUUUCUCUCUACCAGUUCACUGGCAUUAAUUUCAAAUGGUAGCAAAUCACAGACAAUAUUACUUUCAUUUUCAGUUUAGUGGGUGUUUUGGAAAAGUUGAAUCUCAUUUGAACAAUGAACUUUUUUAGAAUUGUUUAAAAAUCUAACCUUUGAGAUCUUCAGUAAUGUGUCUUGUUCUUCAAAACUAUGUAACCCCGUUUUGUCAAAAGUAAAAUCAGCUUUGUUAUACCCUAUUGCUAAAUCUGCCCCGAUCGGUCGUGUAACACAGCCCCAGGCUGGGGAGGGUUUCUCUGUCUGUCUUGGUUUGGGUUGUAAGGCUUUACCUAUUGUACCCUGGGUUGAAUGCACAGUAUUUUGUUUAGGCUGUAUGUGGACAACACCAGUCUGAUUUACUCAGUUUAGGUUGCCAUGGUAACACUCUGUACUAGAUACUCAGGAUGAUCAUUAUUUGUAUGUAACAAUUAUAUUUUGCAUAAAUAAAGCAAAAUAUUUUAAUGAAAUAA